GGCUGCGAAGAUACCCUGCGCCCAGCACGGUGACAACCGAAAGGAGAAACCCCGAAGCCGGAGACUGGAUGCCGGAGCCCAACAAUAAGUCUCUAUUCGGAGGUCGGGAAGGGUUCCCCUAAACUCGCUCGCCGGGGAUCCAUCUUUACGGGGGGAAAGAACGAGACAGAGAUUCCGCUGUAAAUGCAUCAGAGGCGGAGAGCCCAGCAUGAAGAAAGCCAGCAGGCCGGCGGUCACUAAGGCCCAGGGCGCGGAGCGAGGGAAGGCCGAGGGCGGUGUUGCCGUGGGCACAGCGGGCAAGACCUCCGGCAAGAGCUCCACCACAGCCUCGCUGUCCAAGGUGAAAAGCAACGAUGAUCUUCUAGCGGCCAUGUCAGGGGGUGCCCCAGUCAGCAACAGCACCGUCCCCAAGGUCAGGAAGACCAGCUCCGCCCACCAGAGCUCGGUGGCCGCAGGCGUCGGGAAUGCGGAAGGCAAGGUCAAGGCCAGCUCCGGUUCCUCGGCCAAGCGCGGGACGUCCCUGACCUCCAAGGAGCCCAGCUCCUCCCGGGACCGGCUGCGGAACUCGCGGGCGGCGGCCGCCGGCAAGAAGCUGUCGACAGCGGCGCCGGGGCUGGCGGAGCCGGCGCAGGCCAAGCGGUCACGCAGCCGGGCCCUGGCCGAGUCGGAGGCACGCAUGAGCAAGUCUAAAUCGGACGGGCAGAUCAGCGAUAAGGCGGCGCUGGAGGCCAAGGUGAAGGACCUGCUGGGGCUGGCGCAGAGCAAAGACGUGGAGAUCAUGCAGCUGCGGAGCGAACUGCGUGACAUGCGGGCGCAGCUGGGCCUCGGGGACGAGCCCGCCGAGGACGAGCGGCCACAGGGCCGGGAGGCGCCCGCCAUCAGCGCCGCCGACGUGGAGUCCACUCUGCUGCUCCUGCAGGACCAGAACCACAGCAUCCGCGAGGAGCUCAACCUGCUGAAGAACGAGAACCGCAUGCUGAAGGACCGCCUCAACGCCCUGGGCUUCUCCCUGGAGCAGCGGCUGGACGGCUCCGACAAGAUGUUCUGCUACCAGUCGCCGAGCCCGGACCCGGCCGGCGGGGGCGGCGGGGGGGGCGGCACGCAUGGCGACGGGGGCAGCGGGGCGCUGGCGUCCUCGGUGGAGGGCUCCGCCCCCGGCUCCAUGGAGGACCUGCUGGCGGAGCACCAGCGCAGCAGCUCGGUGGACAACCUGGACAGUGAGUCCAGCGAGGUCUACCAGCCCGUCACCUCCAGCGACGACGCCCUGGACGCGCCCUCGGGCUCCUCCUCCUCCUCGGAGUCGGAGGGCGCCCCGCCCAGCCGGGAGCGCUCCCGCAAGGGCAGCAGCGGCAACACCAGCGAGGUGUCGGUGGCCUGCCUGACGGAGCGCAUCCACCAGAUGGAGGAGAACCAGCACAGCACGGCCGAGGAGCUGCAGGCCACGCUGCAGGAGCUGGCCGACCUGCAGCAGAUCACGCAGGAGCUGAACGGCGAGAACGAGCGGCUGGGCGAGGAGAAGGCCAUCCUCAUGGACUCGCUGUGCCAGCAGAGCGACAAGCUGGAGCACUACGGCCGGCAGAUCGAGUACUUCCGCUCGCUGCUGGACGAGCACCACGUGUCCUACGUCAUCGACGAGGACAUCAAGAGCGGCCGCUACCUGGAGCUGGAGCAGCGCUACGUGGACCUGGCGGAGAACGCCCGCUUCGAGCGCGAGCAGCUGCUGGGGGUCCAGCAGCACCUCAGCAACACGCUCAAGAUGGCCGAGCAGGACAACAAGGAGGCGCAGGAGAUCAUCGGGGUGCUGAAGGAGCGCAACCACCAGAUGGACCGGCUGGUGGAGUCGGAGCAGCAGGGCAAGGCGGCCAUGGCCAAGGUGCUGGAGGAGUGCAAGGCGGCGGCCAGCAGCGACCAGGCAGAGCUGAGCCGCUGCCGGGCCCAGCUGGAGCAGGAGCGGCAGAAGGUGGCCGAGCUCUACUCCAUCCACAGCUCCGGCGACAAGAACGACAUCCGCGAGCUGCUGGAGGGCGUGCGGCUGGACAAGGAGCAGGCCGAGGGCAAGGCCGCUCAGCUGCAGGAGGAGCUGGGCCGGGCCCGCAGCGAGGGCGCCCGCCUCCAGGACACCCUCGGCAAGUUGGACGGGGAGUACAGGAGCUUUCGGGAGGAGGUGCAGAAGCAGCUGUCGGAGCAGAAGCGCAUGCUGGAGAAGCAGCAGGUGGAGCUGGAGGAGAAGGAGACGGAGAUCGGGGACAUGAAGGAGACCAUCUUUGAGCUGGAGGACGAGGUGGAGCAGCACCGCGCCCUCAAGCUCCACGACAACCUCAUCAUCUCCGACCUGGAAAAUUCAGUGAAAAAGCUGCAGGACCAGAAGCAUGAUAUGGAGCGAGAGAUAAAGAUUCUGCACCGGAGACUGAGGGAGGAGUCGGCGGAGUGGCGGCAGUUCCAGGCCGACCUGCAGACAGCCGUGGUCAUCGCCAACGACAUCAAGUCGGAGGCGCAGGAGGAGAUCGGAGACCUGCGGAGGCGUCUGCACGAGGCCCAGGAGAAGAACGAGAAGCUGGGCAAGGAGCUGGACGAAGUCAAGAACCGCAAGCAGGAUGAGGAGAGGGGCCGGGUGUAUAACUACAUGAACGCGGUGGAGAGGGACCUGGCCGCCCUCCGCCAGGGCAUGGGGCUCAGCCGCCGCUCCUCCACCUCCUCCGAACCCUCGCCCACCGUCAAGACGCUCAUCAAGUCCUUCGACAGCGCCUCGCAAGGUCCCGUCCCGAACGCUGCGACCGCCACCCCCACGGCCGCCGCCACCGCCCUUCCUCGAACCCCGCUGAGCCCCAGCCCGCUGAAGACCCCUCCCGCUGCGGCCGUCUCGCCCAUUCAGAGGCACUCCAUCAGCGGACCCAUUGCCACAGCCAAGCCCCUGUCCUCGCUGAGCGACAAGAGACCCAGCUACACCGAGAUCAGCAUGCCAGCAGAGCACCUUGUCCGGGGGUCACCUGGGAGCCGGCCUGGGUCCGCCCUGCAGAGGGUCUCUAACAUGGACACCUCCAAGGCCAUCUCAGUGUCCCGGAGGAGCAGUGAGGAGGUGAAGAGGGACAUCUCUGCCCCAGACGGCACCGCCUCGGCCUCCCUCAUGGCCAUGGGCUCCGCCUCGCCCCAGCUGGCCCUGUCCUCCACCUCUCCCACCGCCUCCGUCACCCCCACCGCUCGCAGCCGGCUCCGGGAGGAGAGGAAGGACCCUCUUUCGGCGCUGGCCCGGGAGUACGGGGGGUCCAAGAGGAACGCGCUGCUCAAGUGGUGUCAGAAGAAGACCGAGGGGUACCAGAACAUCGACAUAACCAACUUCAGCAGCAGCUGGAACGACGGCCUGGCCUUCUGCGCUGUGCUCCACACCUACCUGCCUGCACACAUUCCCUACCAGGAGCUCAACAGCCAGGACAAGAGACGGAACUUCACACUAGCCUUCCAGGCAGCGGAGAGCGUGGGGAUCAAGUCCUCGUUGGACAUUAAUGAGAUGGUGCGGACGGAGAGACCGGACUGGCAGAGCAUCAUCUCCUACGUCACAGCCAUCUACAAGUACUUUGAGACCUGACUGUGCGAGCUCCCCCGCCAUUACCACCACUGUUACCACCAACACCACCCCGACCCCUGAACUGGAGCCGCCCUUUUCUCAGCCAGCCAAUGACAUCAAUCAUGGAAAAACGCCAUGACGACUCUGGACUCCCUCCCCACCCCACACACAGUCACACACACACUCUCACACUGCUACACACACACACA